AGAUUUGGAGAUUUGUCGUUAAACAAAUUUCGCCGACCUACGUAUGAGCCGUCGCCUCCAAUAUAAACCAAAGCCAUCCCUAAUCCUCGAAUUCUUCCUCUCUGAGUUUUUAUUCUGAGAUAGAGAAAGAUGUCAGGUUUAGCUUGUAAUUCGUGUAACAAAGACUUCGAAGACGACGCUGAGCAGAAGUUUCACUACAAAUCCGAAUGGCACCGUUACAAUCUCAAGCGCAAGAUAGCUGGUGUUCCUGGAGUAACAGAGGCACUAUUUGAAGCUAGACAAGCUGCUAUAGCUCAAGAGAAGGUUAAAGCUGUUGAAGCACCGAUGCUUUAUAGUUGUGGAAUCUGUAACAAAGGUUACAGGAGUUCCAAGGCUCAUGAGCAGCAUCUUAAGUCGAAGAGUCAUGUUUUGAAGGCUUCGACGAGUACUGGAGAGGAGGAUAAAGCGAUCAUCAAGCAGCUUCCGCCUCGUCGUGUUGAGAAGAAUAACACUGCUCAAUUGAAGGGUUCGAUUGAGGAGGAAGAGAGUGAAGAUGAAUGGAUUGAGGUUGAUUCGGAUGAGGAUUUGGAUGCGGAAAUGAAUGAGGAUGGUGAAGAAGAAGAUAUGGAUGAAGAUGGUAUUGAAUUUGAGUUGGAUCCGGCUUGUUGUUUGAUGUGUGAUAAGAAGCAUAAGACUAUAGAGAAAUGUAUGGUUCAUAUGCAUAAGUUUCAUGGGUUCUUCAUUCCUGAUAUUGAGUACUUGAAGGAUCCUAAAGGGUUUCUGACCUACCUCGGUCUAAAGGUCAAGAGAGACUUCGUGUGUCUGUACUGCAAUGAAUUGUGCCAUCCAUUUAGUAGUUUGGAAGCUGUUCGUAAGCAUAUGGACGCCAAAGGUCAUUGCAAAGUGCAUUAUGGUGAUGGUGGUGAUGAAGAAGAUGCAGAACUUGAAGAGUUCUAUGACUACAGCAGCAGCUAUGUCAAUGGAGACGAAAAUCAGAUGGUUGUGUCCGGUGAGUCAGUGAACACUGUAGAGCUUUUUGGUGGGUCUGAGCUUGUGAUCACCAAGAGAACCGAUAACAAAGUAACGUCUAGGACUCUUGGGUCUCGAGAAUUCAUGCGCUACUACAAACAGAAGCCAGCACCGUCUUCUCAGAAGCAUAUUGUCAACUCUCUAACCUCCAGGUACAAGAUGAUGGGUCUAGCAACAGUGCAGUCAAAGGAGGCCAUAGUGAGGAUGAAGGUGAUGAGAGAGAUGAACAAAAGAGGAGCGAAAAGCAGUGUCAGGCUCGGAAUGAAGAGCAACGUCAUCAGGAAUCUGCCCAACAAUGUCACCUAUUAGUCUUGCUCCUCGAUUUUCAGGUCUCUCCUCUUUGUUUGAUUUUGUGACCAGAGUUUUGGUGAGUAAAUCUAUCUAAGUUUUUCACUAGUACUCAAGUAUCUUAGGCCCAUUUGGGUCUCUGUUUUGUCUGAUUUAGUCUUUUGAAAAUGUUACGUUUUGGCUGAGUUUGUAUCUCUUGCCCAGUGCUUUGUACACUCUACAUUAAUCUAUAUUUCAUUUGGUAGAAGAUCAAGAGCUAAUCAAUCUUUAUCUGCUAAAUCAUAAAUCUAGUACACUUUUCACUUAUCUAUACAUUUGUUUUAGAUAACGAAUGCUCUCGACUUCACUUUCUCUAGCUAUCUUGAUAAAUUGUAUAAAGGUAAAUGCACAGGUCGAUUUACGAGUUCCUCACAAACCGCGAGUAAAUCUCGACACGAAUAUCUUGCAUCAUCCACUAUAUCUCUUUAUUAUUUAUCACUCUAUUGCUCUCUCUUACAGGCACUACUGUUUCAAAAGAGAGAGGAACAAGUUUAAAGCCUAACUCUUUCCAAAGUCCAACAGCCCAACUUCACAGGAGCCCAUCGAAAUCAUAAGUCUUCUAAACCGGAAAGCUUUUGAGUCGAAUAAACUGAACUGAGAGUAAACCGGAG